GAUGACAGACUCUGAGGAAGGAUCGACUGCUUUCAGCAAGUCAUUGCCAAGAGCUAUACGCUGCGAUAAGACCAUACCUUGCUCCAAUUGUAAAACUGCUGGAGUGGCGUGCAAGAUCACCAGUCGAAGUAAUGAUAUAACCAAACCACGAUCUAGAGUGCUCAUCUCCAGUCANAUAAAGAUCGACCGGAUGGAACAGCGCCUUGAAAGCAUAGAAAAGUUGUUGCAAGCACUAGCAUCGACCACAAAGACCCCUGACUAUAUACAGUCUGGGCCAUCAUCUGUGACCUUCACGCCUGUGCCAAGCGCUUCUAUGCCAGCACCUACUCCUCGAGUUGAACAGUUUGAGGGAGAAUCGUCCCUGGUAGCACAUUCGAGACAAGCUCAUGAAGCCUUGCAACAUCUACUGGAAGCAGCACCAACAACUAUUCGCAAUGAUCCCAACACAGUCAAUGCUCUCGCAGCUUUGCGAAACCUGCUGGAAAAGCACCGCUCUGAGCCUCCUAGCCUCAACUUAUUAUCCAGAAUCGGAUCGCCAGACGACCUUCAGCAUUCGGAACUACCCUCACGGGAUGAAAUAUUGAGACUCUUUGCUUAUGUCGAAGGUAUGAAAAUCGAACCAGGAAAAAUCAUGUUUGAAGCUGAGACUUGUGGCAGUNNGGAUGAUCUGAAUGACAUGUUCACUUGGUGGCUCUUUGACGACGUCCAGGACUUUUACAAGAUGUACGACGAAUUUUGUCAUUCGUCAACAUGCCCUCUUGCAAUAUCUAUACUUGUGUAUUGCGCGCUCUGUUGGCUUCUAGAGGGUAACCCAGUGAUGCAAAGGGCAGGACUGGACAUGUCGAAGUAUGCUGCUUAUGUUCCGGUUUGCCACAGACAUCUGGCAACCUGCAUAUCUUCUUACAAUCUAUUCCUCGAACCAACGGACCUCAACAUAGCAGCUCUAUCGUCUGCUGUAAGUGAAUUUGCGCGAUUCUUGACUGGGUUCAUACAAUCAUUGACUCGACCCAGNGCCGCGUACGCUAUUUACACCGCCGAUAUAAAUGCUGCCUGGACACUAUCAAGCACUGCAGCGCGAUUGUGCCAGUCUCUGGGUUACCACCGCUUGAGUACUGACAAGACUGGUGAUACCACCCUGUAUGAGAAGCGGGCUAUGUUAUUCUGGUCGGUGUACUUCAUGGACAAAUCCUUGUCGCUUCGACUUGGUCGAGCAUCCGCACUCCAAGACUUCGAUAUCUCCACCUCUGCGCGAGACAUCAUCGACAUCUGGCGCAGCCAAGACCAAUUUGACUACAAGCACGUCAAGUUGACGGAUUGGAUGCAUCUCUCACUUGAAAUGGCAAAGAUCCAGGGUGCAAUCUAUGACAAGCUCUACGCUCCUGGAAGUAUCAAGAAUCUGUCCGAACGACAAAAUCAAGGCCAAGAAUUCAUAAUCAAAAUACACGAAAUUCUGUCAAUGAAUCAGAAGUGCUUUGAGGAGCCAGGGUGGCUUCAGGAGUAUACUUCUUUUUACAAGGAGUGCAGUGACGUUAUUCUCUACAGCUUGUUCACUCUUGUCUAUCGAGCCAUGCCUGAAGUUUCAAAUGCCCAACAGCUUUCUCUACAAGCCGCAAGAUCGACCAUGCAAGUCCAUUACAGCUGCAGUAAGAAAGCAGAGUUUAUGGGCUCGGAGUUCAAGCUCGAAUACAUGACCUGGUCCAUCAUGUUGUGUCCAUUCACAUCCUUCAUCGUACUCUUUCGAAACGUCGUCACAGAUCUGAACAUCGACGACCUAAAACUCCUCGAAGACUUCGUCGCAUCGAUCGAAUGGCUCAAUGACAGGAACCAACGCGAACCACUCCAGCGGUUUCAACAGCUGUGCCAUGCCUUCUACAACCUCGCCAAACACUUUGUUGCCGCUCGGCUGCGUGCAGAUCAUGAGCAUCAAGCUUUAAGCAGUACAGAGCUCGUCAUGAAUACCAUGCAGACGACCAACUUCGAUCAAUCGUCGAACGACGUGGCGUUCCCGGAAGACUUCCAGACUUGGAUGGAUACCAACAUGGACUUUAUGAACGAUAACUGGCUGGCCUUUGGAACACUU